AUGGAGGAAGAACCGGUGGCUUCCGAAACAGCGACUCGCCGCUCGAAAAGGACUAGGGCUCAGACUAGGACUGCUGAACAUCAACCUAGCACGGCCAAUGCCAAAGGCAGGAAUGACCACGACAGAACCAGCGAAAAUCAGGAGGAAAGAGAAGAAUCUUUUGAUGAUUUUGACGAACCUCGCCUGAGAACUAAACGUAAUCGAGCUACGGAGUCCGCUACAGUAGCAUCUCGUAAAACAGAUCAGAGCCUGAUCG